UUCCUCCCCCACCUCUGUCGAGUGUGGUGUGUGUCUGUGUGUGUUAACGGCAUUUUCUCUCUCAAGGCGACGACAUCCCACCAUAAGACAAAGCUCCGGCUACGCGUCGCGACCCAUCUCGUACAGCGAAGAGGAAGAUUACUCUUCUCACCCCUACAGCCAAGAGGAUAGCUCCUCCGCAGAGUGGGCGGAGACAUACGACGAACUCGACCCCGACGACUCUGCCUCGGCCGGCAACGGACGACCCUACCGCUCAGCAUCUCAUUCCCGUUCCCGCUCCCGCUCUCGCUCUCGCCGGCCACCCCCGCGCCACCACGUCUUACCCCCUCGUCAGUCCAUGCCAUAUCGCACCGCACCGCCCCCACCACCCGACAGCGUGGAUCCGGCCGAGGAAUACGGGCCUUAUCCUGGCCACGGUGGCUACGGGCCUCCUGGAGGCUACUUUGGCUCCAGAGGCCCUCCUCCACCAGCUGGACCGCCCGGUUACCCUCAAAGCCAUGCAGGGGGCUACAUGCCGAGCCCUUACGGGCCUAGCAAUCAGACAAUGGUCCCCUACUCAAACUACCCAGGCAACCCGUUUUCACCGCACGCCAACGGCAGUGGGCAGAGCUAUUUUGGUGCAGAACCAAGGGGUCCGUAUGACAUGAUGCCGUAUCAACAACCGGGCUACUACGGUGGCCCGCCCGGUCCGACCGGCCCCGCAGGGUAUCCCAUUGCCCCUCAUUUGCAGCAAUACAUGUAUCACUCCCCGCCCCCACCGCCUGCCACCGAGGCCCCCGCUCCCCCGAAAACGCCAGCCCCGCCAGAGCCUCCGAAGCCAGAUCCAGAAAAGCAACGAAUGUUACUCCAGCUCAAGGCAUUCCAGGAGGAACAGGCUAAAAAGGACGAGGAAGAGAGGAGGAGAGAAUUUGAAGAACGAAUCCGAAGGGAGACCGAAGACCAAAUCAGGAUUCGGGAAGAAGCCCGUAGGAAAGCUACCGAGGAGGCGAAGAAAGAGUUUGAGAUAGCCAAGGCGGAGGCCGAGAGGGCUGCACGGGAGAAGAUGGAGGCAGAGCGCAAGGCCGAGGCCGAGCAGGCUAGGCUGCACGCAGAAACCAUGGCUCGCAUCGAACGGGAGGCUCGGGAGAAGUACGAAGCGGAGUUGAAAGCGGCCGAGGAACGGAAGAAGCGCGAAGAGGAAGCCCGGGCGGCGGCCGAGGUUGCAGCACGGGCCAAGUUUGAAGCACAACUCAAGGCGGAAGCCGAGGCCAGAGCUGCCGCCGCGGCUGAGGCAGAAGCAAAAAGGAGGUGGGAAGAGGAAACCAAGGCAAAGGCAGAGGCAGAGGCCCGAGUCAAGCUCGAAGCUGAGGCCAAGGCCGCCGGGGAGGCUGCAGCCGCAGCUGCGGCGGCGGCGGCGGCGGCGGAAGAAGCAAAGAAGAGGUGGGAAGAGGAAACCAAGGCAAAGGCAGAGGCCGAGGCCCGAGCCAAGCUCGAAGCUGAGGCCAAGGCCGCUGAGGACGCUGCAGCCGCAGCUGCUGAGAAAAAGAAGGAGGAGGAUGCCAUGAAGAAGAAGGCUGCCGAGGAAGCCAGAAUCAAAUUUGAAGCCGAGUCCAAGAAGAGCAAAGACAAGGCGCCCAUCAAGUUCAAGGAUGCAGUGGGCAGGAAGUUUAGCUUCCCUUUCCACCUGUGCGCCAAGUGGGAAGAUAUGCAAGGACUUAUCAAGCAGGCCUUCCUACAUGUCGACAUCAUCGGACCCCAGGUCCAGCAGGGCCAUUAUGAUUUGAUCGGUCCAAAUGGGGAGAUCAUCCUCCCGCAGGUUUGGGAUAAGGUCCUCGAACCCGACUGGACGAUCGAGAUGCGCAUGUGGCCCGAGAACAAGAUGGCGCAGCACCACCACAGCAUGCAGCAUGCAGCCUUCAUGAGAGCUGGAGGGCGAGACCUGCCCGAAGCCCUGCGCGCAAAGUUGGCGGCCCAGAUGGCAGCGGGACGCGUGCCUCCUCCGGGUGUUCGCCCUGGGGGUGGCGCCGUUCCUGGCGGAGCGCCUCCACCGCCACCGUUCCAUGCGCCACCCGGCCGUGGGGCACCAGCCGGCGUCCAUGUUGUUCACGCGGAACCCAAAAAGAAGCCCAAGGCCAAUGGCGCGGUGCUGAGUUGGAUGGCAGGGAAACCGGUCAAGAAGAAGUGAGUGGCCUCUCUGCUUCCUUGGGUUACAAUACUGACUUCUUCUAAGGUCCA